UGUCCUGCUCGCUCCAUGUUGCCGCCUCUCCCGGUACCUGCUGCUGCUCCCGGGGCUGCGGGAAAUGCGAGAGGCUGAGCCGGGGAGGAGGAACCCGAGCAGCAGCGGCGGCGGCGGCGGCCGCGGCGGCGGCGGCGGGAGGAGCCCCCCAGGAGGAGGACCGGGAUCCAUGUGUCUUUCCUGGUGACUAGGAUGUCGUCGGAGGAGGACAAGAGCGCGGAGCAGCCGCAGCCGCCGCCACCCCCCCCCGAGGAGCCCGGAGCCCCGGCCCCGAGCCCCGCAGCCGCAGACAAAAGACCUCGGGGCCGGCCUCGCAAAGAUGGCGCUUCCCCUUUCCAGAGAGCCAGAAAGAAGCCUCGAAGUAGAGGAAAAAGUACAGUGGAAGAUGAGGACAGCAUGGAUGGGCUGGAGACAACAGAAACAGAAAAUACUGUGGAAACAGAAAUCAAAGAGCAAUCGGCGGAAGAGGACGCUGAGGCAGAAGUGGACAGCAGCAAGCGGCCAGUCCCAGCCUUCCAGCGCUCUGUGUCUGAGGAAUCUGCAGCCUCCCUGGUCUCUGUUGGUAUAGAAGCCAAAAUCAGUGAACAGCUCUGCGCUUUUUGUUACUGUGGUGAAAAAAGCUCCUUAGGACAAGGAGACUUAAAACAAUUUAGAGUAACGCCUGGAUUUAUUUUGCCAUGGAAAAACCAACCUUCUAACAAGAAGGACGUUGAUGACGACAGCAGUGGAACUUGUGAGAAAAUACAAAACUCAACACCACGAAAACAAAGAGGACAGAGAAAGGAACGGUCUCCUCAGCAGAAUAUAGUACCUUGUGUCAGUGUAAGCACGCAGACUGCUUCCGAUGAUCAGGCUGGUAAAUUAUGGGAUGAACUCAGUCUGGUUGGCCUUCCAGAUGCCAUUGAUGUCCAAGCCUUAUUUGACCCUACAGGCACUUGUUGGGCUCAUCACCGUUGUGUGGAAUGGUCACUGAGGGUGUGCCAGAUGGAAGAACCGUUGUUAGUGAACGUGGACAGAGCUGUUGUCUCAGGGAGCACAGAACGAUGUGCAUUUUGUAAGCACCUUGGAGCCACUAUCAAAUGCUGUGAAGAGAAAUGUACCCAGAUGUACCAUUAUCCUUGUGCUGCUGGAGCCGGCACCUUUCAGGAUUUCAGUCACUUCUCCCUUCUUUGUCCAGAGCACAUUGACCAAGCUCCUGAAAGAUCAAAGGAAGAUGCAAACUGUGCAGUGUGCGACAGCCCGGGAGACCUCUUAGAUCAGUUCUUUUGUACUACUUGUGGUCAGCACUAUCAUGGAAUGUGCCUGGAUAUAGCGGUUACUCCAUUAAAACGUGCAGGUUGGCAAUGUCCUGAGUGCAAAGUGUGCCAGAACUGCAAACAAUCGGGAGAAGAUAGCAAGAUGCUAGUGUGUGAUACGUGUGACAAAGGGUAUCAUACUUUUUGUCUUCAACCAGUUAUGAAAUCAGUACCAACCAAUGGCUGGAAAUGCAAAAAUUGCAGAAUAUGUGUAGAGUGUGGCACACGAUCUAGUUCUCAGUGGCACCACAAUUGCCUGGUAUGUGACAGUUGUUACCAACAGCAGGAUAACUUAUGUCCUUUCUGUGGGAAGUGCUACCACCCAGAAUUGCAGAAAGACAUGCUUCAUUGUAAUAUGUGCAAAAGAUGGGUUCACUUAGAAUGUGACAAACCGACAGAUCAUGAACUGGAUUCUCAGCUCAAAGAAGAGUACAUCUGUAUGUAUUGCAAACACUUAGCUGAGAUGGAUCCAUUACAGCCAGGUGAUGAAGUGGAGAUGGCUGAACUCACUACAGAUUGUAACAAUGAAAUGGAAGUUGAAGGCCCUGAGGACCACAUGGUAUUUCUGGAGCAAGCAGUUAAUAAAGAUGUCGAUGGUCAGCAGCCCGCACCUGGAAUUGUUCCAGAUGGUGCAGCUCCCAUCCACACUGGAGAGCAGCGGAGGAGUGGUCCACCAGGAAGUCGUGGCACGCGUGGACUUCUCACUGCUGAAUCAUCCCAAGAUAAAAUGAAUCCUGAAUUGGAAAAUCAGAUUUCUCAUGAAGUUGACAGUGAAGAAAUGGAAAUGCCUCCUAAAGCGAUGCAUGCUUGCGGUGCAGAUCAAAAUGAGAACAAAAUGGAAGUGACAGACAGCGCUGAAGCCCUUGCCCCCCAGGUCGCUGUGCAGCAGGGGGAAGUGCACUUGUCGGAGGGACCUAACAUGGCGGCGCCCCCAGAAGAAUCCCGGCCUCCAGGAGUCAACAUUGAAUCUGUCACUGUCCCGUCCCCGGGUGGGGAAGGUACGGCUUUAUGUUCUAAGGAACAGUUGGCCAUAGAAAGGGUACCAGAAGAAAUGGAACAGAAAGAAAAUCCUGAACCUUCUACUGCAUUUAUGGACUUCGAAGUGGCUCCUGCAAUUGAGAGUUGUGUGAAAGAUGGUGUAUGCCAAGAAAGCAAAUCUGUAAAAUUACCAUCUGAGACAGAGUCAUCAUUUUCUUCAGCAGCGGGCAUAAGCAAGGCAAACGCGUCUUCCUCUCCAGCACUUUCUUCCGACUUGCCUUCCCACGGCAUGCUGCACAGUUACCCGUCGGCUCCCAGUGCCUCUGCUGGGAACAUCAUGCCAACAACUUACGUCUCAGUCACCCCCAAAAUUGGCAUGGGUAAACCAGCUAUUACCAAAAGGAAAUUUUCUCCCGGUAGACCUCGGUCCAGACAGGGGGCUUGGAGUACCCAUAAUACAGUGAGCCCACCUUCCUGGUCCCCAGACAUUUCAGAAGGCCGGGAAAUUUUUAAACCCAGGCAGCUUCCUGGCAGUGCCAUUUGGAGCAUCAAAGUGGGCCGGGGGUCAGGAUUUCCAGGAAAGCGGAGACCUCGUGGUGCGGGACUGUCAGGACGAGGCGGCAGAGGCAGAUCAAAGUUGAAAAGUGGCAUCGGGGCAGUUGUGUUACCCGGGGUGUCUGCUGCAGAUAUUUCAUCAAAUAAGGAUGAAGAAGAAAACUCUAUGCACAAUACAGUUGUGUUGUUUUCUAGCAGUGACAAGUUCACUUUGCAUCAGGAUAUGUGUGUAGUUUGUGGCAGUUUUGGCCAAGGAGCAGAGGGAAGAUUACUUGCCUGUUCUCAGUGUGGUCAGUGUUACCAUCCAUACUGCGUCAGUAUUAAGAUCACUAAAGUGGUUCUGAGCAAGGGUUGGAGGUGUCUGGAGUGCACUGUGUGUGAGGCCUGUGGGAAGGCGACAGACCCAGGAAGACUCCUGCUGUGUGACGAUUGUGACAUAAGUUAUCACACCUACUGCUUGGACCCGCCACUGCAGACAGUUCCCAAAGGAGGCUGGAAGUGCAAAUGGUGCGUGUGGUGCAGACACUGUGGAGCGACGUCUGCAGGUCUGAGGUGUGAAUGGCAGAACAACUACACACAGUGCGCUCCCUGUGCAAGCUUGUCCUCCUGCCCCGUCUGCCACCGACACUACAGAGAAGAAGACCUCAUCCUGCAGUGCAGACAGUGUGAUAGAUGGAUGCAUGCAGUUUGUCAAAACUUAAAUACUGAAGAGGAAGUGGAAAAUGUAGCAGACAUUGGUUUUGAUUGUAGCAUGUGCAGACCCUAUAUGCCUACAUCAAAUGUGCCUUCCUCAGACUGCUGUGAAUCUUCACUUGUAGCACAAAUUGUCACAAAAGUGAAAGAGCUAGAUCCACCCAAGACCUACACCCAGGAUGGUGUAUGUUUGACUGAAUCAGGGAUGACUCAGUUACAGAGCCUCACAGUUACUGUUCCAAGAAGAAAACGGUCAAAACCAAAGUUGAAGUUGAAGAUCAUAAAUCAGAAUAGCGUGGCCGUCCUUCAGACCCCUCCAGACAUCCAAUCAGAGCAUUCAAGGGAUGGUGAAAUGGAUGAUAGUCGAGAAGGAGAACUUAUGGAUUGUGAUGCAAAAUCAGAAUCUAGUCCUGAACGGGAAGCUGUGGAUGAUGAAACUAAGGGAGUAGAAGGAACAGAGGUUGUCAAAAAGAGAAAAAGGAAACCAUACAGACCAGGUAUUGGUGGAUUUAUGGUACGACAAAGAAGUCGAACUGGGCAAGGAAAAACCAAAAGAUCUGUGAUCAGAAAAGAUUCCUCAGGCUCCAUUUCUGAGCAGUUACCUAGUAGAGAUGAUGGCUGGAGUGAGCAGUUACCAGAUACUCCAGUUGAUGAAUCUGUUUCUGUCACUGAAAACACUGAAAAAAUAAAGAAGAGAUACCGAAAAAGGAAAAAUAAGCUUGAAGAAAUUUUCCCUGCCUAUUUACAAGAAGCUUUCUUUGGAAAAGAUCUUCUAGAUACAACUAGACAAAACAAACUAAGUUUAGAUAAUCUAUCAGAAGAUACAGCUCAGCUUUCUUACAAAACAAACAUGAACACAAAUUUCUUGGAUCCUUCCUUAGAUCCACUACUUAGUUCAUCCUCAACUCUGGCAAAACCUGGAACUCACGGUACCGCUGAUGAUCCCUUAGCUGACAUUUCCGAAGUCUUAAACACAGAUGAUGACAUUCUUGGAAUAAUUUCAGAUGACCUUGCAAAAUCAGUUGAUCAUUCAGCUGGAAUAGACAUUGGUGCCGGCGCCGAUGAUCCUUCCUCUUUGCCUCAGCCAAGUGUCAGUCAGAGUUCACGACCAUUAAGUGAAGAGCAGCUCGAUGGCAUCCUCAGCCCUGAACUAGACAAAAUGGUCACAGAUGGAGCAAUUCUUGGAAAGUUGUAUAAAAUUCCAGAGCUUGGAGGAAAGGAUGUGGAGGACUUGUUUACCGCUGUGCUUAGUCCUGCAGCCACGCAGGCAGCUCCCAUACCACAGCCUCCUGCGCCUCAGCUGCUGCCCAUGCACGCUCAGGGUAUGUCGCCUCUCGAAAAGUGUUAUGUUUUUUCACGGAUGCCACUCAUGAACGGCCUUAUUGGACCCAGUCCUCAUCUCGCACAUAAUUCUUUGCCUCCUGGAAGUGGGCUGGGAACUUUCUCUGCUGUAGCGCAGGCCCCCUACACUGAUGCCAGGGAUAAAAAUCCAGCAUUUAAUCCAAUGGCAAGUGACCCUAACGGCUCUUGGACAUCAUCAGCGCCCACUAUGGAAGGAGAAAAUGAUACAAUGUCAAAUGCCCAGAGAAGUACACUCAAGUGGGAGAAAGAGGAGGCCCUGGGUGAAAUGGCAACAGUAGCACCAGUUCUCUACACAAAUAUUAAUUUCCCCAACCUAAAGGAAGAAUUCCCCGACUGGACUACUAGAGUGAAGCAAAUUGCCAAGCUGUGGAGAAAAGCAAGCUCGCAGGAAAGAGCACCAUACGUGCAAAAAGCCAGAGAUAACAGAGCUGCUUUACGCAUUAAUAAAGUACAGAUGUCAAAUGAUUCCAUGAAAAGGCAGCAACAGCAAGACAGCAUUGAUCCCAGCUCUCGUAUUGAUUCAGAUCUUUUUAAAGAUCCACUAAAGCAAAGAGAAUCGGAACAUGAACAGGAAUGGAAAUUCAGACAGCAAAUGCGCCAGAAAAGCAAGCAGCAGGCGAAAAUGGAAGCCACCCAGAAGCUGGAGCAGGUGAAGAGCGAACAGCAGCAGCAGCAGCAGCAGCAGCUCGGCGCUCAGCCUCCUCCGGGGCAGCCCGGCUCCGACGCGCCCAGCGCGGGCGUCCACAGCCCCGGGACCCCGCAGCCUGGCCCUGGAAGCGUGUCUCCUGCGCAGCCCUUCCCUAAGGACCUGUUUGCAAAGCCGCUGCCCGGCACCCCCGCUGCCACGCCACCAGAUGACGUGUUUGUGAAACCACAGGCGCCACCUCCUCCUCCGGCGCCGUCCCGGAUCUCCGUCCCGGAGAGUCUGUCGCAGGCUCAGGCUUCUCAGCCGCCUUCCCCACAGAUGUUUUCCCCCGGACCUUCUAACUCCCGGCCGCCAUCUCCAGUGGAUCCUUAUGCGAAAAUGGUUGGUACCCCAAGACCACCUCCUGGGGGCCAUGGUUUUUCCAGAAGAAAUUCUGCACUGGUGGAAAACUGUGCACCUUUAUCAUCCGUAUCGAGGCCCACUCAAAUGAGCGAGACAACAGCAAAUAGGCCGUCCCCAGUCCGAGAUUUAUGUUCUUCCUCCGCAGCAAGUAGUGAUCCCUAUGCAAAGCCUCCAGACACACCUAGGCCUGUGAUGACAGAUCCGUUUCCCAAACCCUUAGGCCUGCCCCGGUCUCCUGUAGUUUCUGAACAAACUGCAAAAGGUCCUCUAGCGUCUGGAACCAGUGACCACUUUACUAAACCGUCUCCUAGGGCAGAUGCGUUUCAAAGACAACGGAUACCUGAUCCAUUUGCUCGACCCUUGUUGACAGCUGCACCUCUUGAUAGUGGUCCCGGACCUUUUAAAGCUCCAAUGCAGCCGCCCCCAUCCUCCCAGGACCCUUAUGGAUCAGUGUCACAGGCACCAAGGCGAUUGUCUGUCGACCCUUAUGAAAGGCCUGCUUUGACACCACGACCUGUAGAAAACUUCUCUCAUAACCAGUCAAGUGAUCCAUAUAGCCAGCCUCCCCUCACCCCACAUCCGGCAAUGAAUGAAUCUUUUGCUCAUCCUUCAAGGGCUUUUUCCCAGCCUGGAACCAUAUCAAGGCCAACAUCUCAGGACCCAUAUUCCCAACCUCCAGGAACUCCACGACCUGUUGUAGAUUCCUAUUCCCAACCCCCAGGAACAUCUCGCUCCAAUCCAGACCCCUAUUCUCAACCUCCCGGAACUCCCCGGCCCACCACCAUUGAUGCGUAUAGUCAGCAGGCACCAACCCCAAGGCCGUCUGCACAAGCAGACUUGUUUGUUACAUCUGCAGCUAAUCAGAGACGUUCUGAUCCACGGGCUCACCCUCCUGGAACACCGAGACCUGGAAUUUCUGUUCCUUACUCUCAACCGCCAGCAAUACCAAGGCCAAGGAUUUCAGAGGGUUUUACUAGGUCCUCAAUGACAAGACCAGUCCUCAUGCCAAAUCAGGAUCCUUUCCUGCAGGCAGCGCAAAAUCGAGGAGCAGCCUUACCUGGCCCUUUGGUAAGGCCACCUGAUGCGUGUUCCCAAACACCCAGGCCACCUGGACCUGGUCUUCCAGACACUUUUAGCCGUGUCUCCCCAUCUGCCCCUCGUGACCCCUAUGAUCAGCCUCCCAUGACUCCGAGAUCUCAGUCUGACUCUUUCGGAACAAGUCAGGUUGCCCAUGAUGUCGCUGAUCAGCCACGGCCUAGAUCAGAGGGGAGCUUCAGUGCACCUUCCAGCUCACCCAUGAAUUCUCAAGGCCAGCAGUUCUCUGGUGUGUCCCAGCUUCCCGGACCUGUACCGACCUCAGGAGUCACCGAUACACAGAGCACUGUAAACAUGUCUCAAGCAGAUACAGAGAAAUUGAGACAGCGACAGAAGUUACGUGAAAUCAUCCUCCAGCAGCAACAGCAGAAGAAGCUGGCAGGUCGACAGGAGAAAGGGUCACAGGACCCAGGAGCAGUGCCUCAUCCGGGGCCCCUGCAGCACUGGCAGCCAGAGAGUGUCAACCAGACUUUUACGAGGCCUCCACCCCCCUAUCCUGGGAGCAUCCGGUCUGCCGUUGGCCCUCCUCUAGGACCUAGAUAUGCUGUUUUCCCAAAAGAUCCGCGUGGACCCUAUACUCCUGAUGUUACUGGUAUGGGGAUGAGACCUCAUGGAUUUAGAUUUGGAUUUCCAGGAGGUAGUCACGGUACCUUGUCAAGUCAGGAACGCUUCCUUGUACCUCCUCAACAAAUACAAGGAUCUGGAGUUCCUCCACAGCUGAGAAGAUCUAUGUCUGUAGAUAUGCCCAGGCCUUUAAAUAACUCACAAGCGAAUAAUCCAGGUGGACUUCCUCCACAUUUUCCACCACAGAGCCUGUCAGUUCAACAGCAUAACAUACUGGGCCAAGCAUUUAUUGAAUUGAGGCACAGGACCCCUGAUGGAAGGCCUCGGAUGCCCUUCCCCGCUUCUCCUGGCAACCUUAUAGAGGCACCUUCUCAUCCAAGACAUGGAAACUUCAUUCCCCGGCCAGACUUUCCAGGCCCUAGGCACACAGACCCCAUGAGACGGCCUUCCCAAGGUCUCCCUCAUCAGCUGCCUGUGCAUCCAAACUUGGAACAAGUGCCACCAUCUCAGCAAGAGCAAAGACACCCUGUGCAUUCAUCUUCUGUGGUCAUGAGGUCUCUGAGCCACCCCUUAGGGGGUGAGUUUGCAGAGGCCCCUUUGUCAGCAUCUGCACCAGCUGAAACAACAUCUGAUAAUUUACAGAUAACCACCCAGUCUUCUGGCGGUCUCGAAGAAAAGCUUGAUUCUGAUGACCCAUCUGUCAAAGAACUAGAUGUUAAAGACCUCGAGGGGGUUGAAGUCAAAGACUUAGAUGAUGAAGAUCUUGAAAAUUUAAAUCUAGAUACAGAGGAUGGCAAGGGAGAUGAAUUGGAUACUUUAGGUAAUUUGGAAACUAAUGAUCCCAACCUGGAUGACCUCUUAAGGUCAGGAGAAUUUGAUAUCAUUGCAUAUACAGAUCCAGAACUUGACCUGGGAGAUAAGAAAAGCAUGUUUAACGAGGAACUAGACCUUAAUGUUCCAAUUGAUGAUAAGUUAGAUAAUCAGUGUGUAUCUGUUGAACCCCCAAAAAAGGAGCAAGAUGACGAAAGUAUGGUUCCUUCUGAUAAACAUUCUCCUUGGAAAAAAUCCGCUGUCAGCAGUGAGAUUAAAACCGAAGUACUGUCUCCAGAUUCUAAAGGGGAAACCAAAUGUGAAAGUGAGAAAAGUGAUGAGGGUAAAGAUGCUGUUGACGCUCCCUGCCCACAGGCCCCUGCUCAUACAGACGCGAAUGAUGGGGAACAGGCUUCUUUGCAGUCCUGUGAUGCAGAUCUACUUGAGAAAAGAACUAAUCGAGAAACGGCUGGCUCCAACACUAGUGUUCGUGGGUCCACUCAGCUGCCUGCUGAAGAUGUGAUAAACUCUUGCAGCAUACCUGGAUCAACUCCAGUUCUCUCAAGUUUACUUGCUAAUGAAAAAUCUGAUAAUUCAGACGUUAGGCCAUUGGGGUCUCCACCACCAACUUUGCCGGCCUCACCGUCCAGUCAUGUGUCAAGUUUGCCUCCUCCUCUAAUGACACCGCCUGGUCAUGCUUUGGAUAAUACCUUGAAUUCUAAUGUGACAGUAGUCCCUAGAUUAAACCAUACUUUCCCUCAGGGUGUGCAGGUGAGUCCAGGAUUCAUUCAGGGUCAGCCAACAGUGCAUCGCAGUUUUGGAACAGGAAAGCCCGUGAAUCAGACUGUACCUCUGACAAGCCCGUCUGCGGCCAGUGGCAUGUCUGGGCCCCAGCAGCUGAUGGUCCCUCAGACGGCCGCCCAGCAGAAUAGAGAGAGGCCCCUCCUUCUGGAGGAGCAGCCUCUACUUCUGCAGGACCUUUUGGAUCAAGAGAGACAAGAACAGCAACAGCAAAGACAGAUGCAAGCCAUGAUCCGUCAGCGGUCUGAACCGUUCUUCCCGAAUAUCGAUUUUGAUGCAAUUACAGAUCCUAUAAUGAAAGCCAAAAUGGUGGCCCUGAAAGGCAUAAAUAAAGUAAUGGCACAAAACAAUAUGGGCAUGCCACCAAUGGUUAUGAACAGGUUCCCCUUUAUGGGCCAGUCGGUACCUGGAACACAGACUGGUGAUGGCCAGACUCUCCUUCCACAGGCAGUUACUCAGGAUGGCAGUAUAACACAUCAGAUUUCUAGGCCUAAUCCUCCAAAUUUUGGUCCAGGCUUUGUCAAUGAUUCACAACGUAAACAGUAUGAAGAAUGGCUUCAGGAGACCCAACAGCUUCUUCAGAUGCAGCAGAAAUACCUUGAAGAGCAAAUCGGUGCACACAGGAAAUCCAAGAAGGCCCUUUCAGCGAAACAACGUACCGCCAAGAAAGCUGGGCGUGAGUUUCCAGAAGAGGAUGCGGAGCAGCUCAAGCACGUCACUGAACAGCAAAGCAUGGUUCAGAAGCAGCUAGAACAGAUUCGUAAACAACAGAAAGAGCAUGCCGAGUUGAUUGAAGAUUAUCGGAUCAAGCAGCAGCAGCAGCAGCAGUGUGCCAUGGCCCCGCCCACCGUGAUGCCAGGUGUCCAGCCCCAGCUGCCCCUGGUUCCAGGUGGCCCCCCGCCCACCAUGAGCCAGCCCAGCUUCCCCAUGGCGCCGCCGCAGCUCCAGCACCAGCAGCACACAGCGGUCAUGUCCGGCCACACGAGCCCUGCUAGAAUGCCCAGUUUACCUGGAUGGCAGCCUACCGGUGCUCCUCCUCACCUCCCCCUCAAUCCUCCCAGGAUCCAGCCUCCAGUUGCCCAGUUACCAAUAAAAACUUGCCCACCAGCCCCAGGGACAGUGUCAAAUGCAAAUCCACAGAGUGGACCACCACCACGGGUGGAAUUCGAUGACAAUAACCCGUUUAGUGAAAGUUUUCAAGAACGGGAACGUAAGGAACGUUUACGAGAACAGCAGGAAAGACAGCGAAUCCAGCUCAUGCAAGAAGUAGAUAGACAGAGAGCUUUGCAGCAGAGGAUGGAAAUGGAGCAGCACGGCAUGAUGGGCUCAGAACUAAGCAGCAGGACACCUGUGUCCCAGAUUCCAUUCUACACUUCUGACCUGCCUUGUGAUUUUACGCAACCUCCAAGGCCCCCUCAGCAGCCGCAGCAGCCGCAGCAGCAAGCGGGGCCGGUCUUACAGCAGCGGAGCGCACAGCAAGGGUCUGUUAACCCACCCCCCACCCCAAGCUUCAUGCAGACCAACGAGCGAAGGCAGAUGGGGCCUCCCUCGUUUGUUCCUGACUCACCACCGAUUCCUGGGGGGAGCCCGAAUUUCCAUUCUGUGAAGCCGGUACAUGGAGGUGUUCCUGGGGCCAGCUUCCAGCAGUCCCCGGUGAGGCCUCCUUUUACACCCGCUUUACCUGCGGCACCUCCAGUGGCUAAGAGCAGUCUCCCCUGUGGCCAAGACCCGGCUGUAAGCCGUGGACAGAGUUACCCAGGAUCAGCCCCGUCUCUCAUUCAGCUGUAUUCUGAUAUAAUCCCAGAAGAGAAAGGGAAAAAGAAGAGAACAAGGAAGAAGAAGAAAGACGACGAUGCGGAGUCUACCAAGGCACCUUCUACUCCGCAUUCGGACGUAACCGCUCCACCAACCCCGGGUGUCUCGGAAGCUGCCUCUGCUCCCGCCGUGAGCACACCCGGCGAGCUCCCUCCGCAAGGAGAACCCGAGUCAGCGGAAUCAGGCGACCUGUCACCUCCUGACCCGGCAGCGGGCCCGCUGUGCACAGAACCGGAGAACAAACUGCCCAGCGGUGACUUCGCACGAGGAACCCCAGGUCAACAGACCUGUGCGAGUUCAGAGGUGGAUAAGCGCCCCGUCGACGCCCCUGCCCCCACUGGGGAGAUGAAACUGGAGUCAGCUGAGCCGGAGCAGCGCCCGGGCCCAGAUGGGCCUGAACUGGAGGAGCGCCCUGGGGAUCGGGCCAAAGAAAGGGCUGUGGCCGGCGCUGCCUGCCCGGGGCAGAGUCCUCCCCGACCUGCCGGCGCUCCUGCUGCCAAAGGAGAUUCAGGCAAUGAGCUUCUGAAGCACCUGCUGAAAAAUAAAAAGGCAUCUUCCCUUUUAAAUCAAAAACCGGAAGGGAGUUUUUGUUCAGAAGACGACGGUACGAAGGAUAGCAAACUGGUUGAGAGGCAGAACCCAGCCGACGUGCAAACUUUGGGGGCUCAAGUGCAAGGUGGUUUUGGAUGUGGCAACAGCCAGUUGCCAAAAACAGAUGGAGGAAGUGAAACCAAGAAACAGCGAAGCAAAAGGACUCAGAGGACCGGAGAGAAGGCAGCACCUCGGUCGAAGAAAAGGAAAAAGGAAGAAGAGGAGAAACAAGCGAUGUUCUCUACCACCGACACCUUUACCCACCUGAAGCAGCAGCUCUCUCUGCUCCCUCUAAUGGAACCAGUCAUUGGAGUGAACUUUGCCCACUUUCUUCCUUACGGCAGUGGCCAGUUUAAUAGUGGGAAUCGACUUCUAGGAACUUUUGGCAGUGCUACCCUUGAAGGGGUUUCGGAUUACUAUUCUCAGUUGAUCUACAAGCAGAAUAAUUUAAGUAAUCCUCCAACACCCCCUGCCUCUCUUCCUCCUACACCACCUCCUAUGGCUUGUCCGAAGAUGGCAAAUGGUUUUGCAACAACUGAAGAACUUGCUGGAAAAGCUGGAGUAUUAGUGAGUCAUGAAGUUACCAAAAGCCUAGGACCUAAACCAUUUCACCUGCCGUUCAGACCACACGAUGACUUGUUGGCCAGAGCGAUUGCUCAAGGCCCAAAGACAGUGGACGUUCCUGCUUCACUCCCAACACCGCCUCAUAAUAAUCAGGAGGAAUUAAGGAUACAGGACCACGGGGGUGACCGGGACACCCCUGACAGUGUUGUGCCCUCAUCCUCUCCUGAGAGUGUGGUCGGGAUGGAAGUGAGCAGAUACCCAGACCUGUCCCUGGUCAAAGAGGAGCCUCCGGAGCCCGUGCCGUCCCCCAUCAUCCCAAUCCUCCCAAGCAGCACCGGGAAAGGGUUGGAAUCUAGAAGGAAUGACAUCAAAACUGAGCCGGGCACUUUAUUUUUCACGUCACCUUUUGGUUCAUCACCAAAUGGUCCCCGAUCGGGUCUCAUAUCUGUGGCAAUCACUCUGCAUCCUACAGCUGCUGAGAACAUUAGCAGUGUUGUGGCUGCAUUUUCCGACCUCCUCCACGUUCGGAUUCCUAACAGCUACGAGGUUAGUAAUGCUCCAGAUGUUCCAUCCAUGGGUUUGGUCAGUAGCCACAGAGUAAACCCAGGUUUGGAGUAUCGACAGCGUUUAUUUCUUCGUGGGCCUCCACCAGGAUCUGCAAACCCUCCCAGACUAGCCAGCUCUUACCACCUGAAGCAGCCUACUGUGCCCUUCCCUCCAGCAAGCAAUGGCCUUUCUGGGUGCACGGGCACUAGUCACGGUGUCACAGAAAGUGCGGCUCUCAGGCCACAGUGGUGCUGCCACUGUCAUGUCGUCGUUCUGGGCCACGGCGUGAGGAAGCCGGCCAGAGACCCGGCCUUUGUGAGCAAGGGUUCCCGAGACAGCUCCAGCAGAGCGGAGGAGGACAUUGUCUUCUGUAGUAAUAACUGCUUUAUUCUCUAUUCAUCAGCUGCACAAGCAAAAACCUCAGAAAGCAAGGAAUCCGUUCCUUCAUUGCCACACUCGCCCAUAAAAGAGACGCCUUCCAGAGCGUUUCAUCAGUACAGUAACAACAUCUCCACUCUCGACGUGCGCUGUCUGCCGCAGCUCCAGGAACAAGCUUCGCCCCCAGCCUCACCGCCCAUCACUUUCCCUCCUGCUUUUGAAGCAGCCAAAGUGGAGGCAAAGCCAGAUGAGCUUAAGGUAACGGUCAAGUUAAAGCCUCGGCUAAGAACUGUCCACGGUGGGUUUGAAGACUGUCGGCCGAUCACUAAAAAGUGGAGAGGGAUGAAGUGGAAGAAGUGGAGCAUCCACAUUGUGAUCCCCAAGGGGACCUUCACACCCCCCUGUGAAGAGGAAAUCGAUGACUUUCUGAAGAAACUGGGCACUUCCCUGAAACCCGAUCCUGUGCCCAAAGACUAUCGGAAGUGUUGCUUCUGUCACGAAGAAGGCGAUGGGUUGACAGAUGGACCAGCGAGGCUGCUCAACCUCGACUUGGACCUGUGGGUCCACUUGAACUGUGCCCUGUGGUCCACGGAGGUGUACGAGACCCAGGCUGGUGCCUUAAUAAACGUGGAGCUAGCCCUGAGGAGAGGCCUGCAGAUGAAAUGUGUCUUCUGCCAUAAGAUGGGGGCCACCAGCGGCUGUCACAGAUUUCGAUGCACCAACAUUUAUCACUUUACUUGCGCCAUUAAAGCACAAUGCAUGUUUUUUAAAGAUAAAACUAUGCUUUGUCCCAUGCACAAACCAAAGGGAAUUCACGAGCAGGAAUUAAGUUACUUUGCCGUCUUCAGGAGGGUCUACGUGCAGCGUGAUGAGGUACGACAGAUCGCCAGCAUCGUGCAGCGGGGAGAGCGUGACCACACCUUCCGUGUGGGAAGCCUCAUCUUCCACACGAUCGGCCAGCUGCUUCCACAGCAGAUGCAAGCGUUCCACUCUCCCAAAGCGCUCUUCCCCGUGGGCUACGAAGCCAGCCGGCUGUACUGGAGCAUGCGCUACGCCAACCGCCGCUGUCGCUACCUGUGCUCCAUCGAGGAGAAGGACGGGCGCCCCAUGUUCGUCAUCAGAAUUGUGGAGCAAGGCCACGAAGAUCUCGUCUUAAGUGACACCUCACCCAAAGGUGUUUGGGAUAAGAUUUUGGAGCCUGUGGCAUGUGUGAGAAAAAAGUCGGAAAUGCUGCAGCUCUUCCCAGCCUACUUAAAAGGGGAGGAUCUCUUCGGCUUGACCGUCUCUGCGGUGGCGCGGAUCGCGGAAUCACUCCCUGGGGUUGAGGCGUGUGAAAACUACACCUUCCGAUACGGCCGGAACCCUCUCAUGGAGCUGCCCCUGGCCGUCAACCCCACAGGUUGUGCCCGUUCUGAACCUAAAAUGAGUGCCCAUGUCAAGAGGUUUGUGUUAAGGCCUCACACCCUGAACAGCACCAGUGCCUCCAAGUCGUUUCAGAGCACCGUCACCGGGGAGCUGAGCGCACCUUACAGCAAGCAGUUCGUCCACUCCAAGUCGUCCCAGUACCGCAAGAUGAAAACCGAGUGGAAGUCCAACGUGUACCUGGCCCGGUCUCGGAUUCAGGGGCUGGGCCUGUACGCUGCUCGGGACAUCGAGAAGCACACCAUGGUCAUCGAGUACAUCGGGACCAUCAUCCGGAACGAAGUCGCCAACAGGAAGGAGAAGCUUUACGAGUCCCAGAACCGAGGCGUGUACAUGUUCCGCAUGGAUAGCGACCACGUGAUCGACGCCACGCUCACGGGAGGGCCUGCCAGGUAUAUCAACCAUUCGUGCGCACCUAACUGUGUGGCUGAGGUGGUGACUUUCGAGCGAGGACACAAAAUCAUCAUCAGCUCCAGUCGGCGGAUCCAGAAGGGAGAAGAGCUUUGCUAUGACUAUAAGUUUGACUUUGAGGACGACCAGCACAAGAUCCCCUGUCACUGUGGCGCCGUGAACUGCCGGAAGUGGAUGAACUGAUGCAUUCCCCGCUGUCUCAGAGGGCGGCUCGUCCCUAGGAAGGAGCGAUUCAACACAGCAUUUGAAUUUCGCAGACGGAAAGAUGUUUUUGUUUUCUGUUUUGUGACUUUUUGGAAACUAGCUUCUGGGAGUCCUGAUUUCCUCCGUGCUUUAGGUUAGAGGAGCACCAGGAGAAAGCCGACCGAGGCAACUUUCCUGAAGUUGCUGAGGUUAAAGAAUUACAGAAUGGUCCAGCACUUUUUUUUUCUUUUUCUUUUCUUUCUUUUUUCUUUUUGAGGGUGGGUUUUGUUUCGUUAUGCUUCUUUAGUCUCACUAAGGAGAAACUUUUACUGGGGCAAGAGCCGAUGGCCGCCCUGCCCCACCCCAGGGCAGAGGCCUUCCUGUGAAUGUAAGACUGAAAUCACCAGCGAAAGGGAGACGUCCAAAGUGCUGGCCACCGCCUUAUCUGAAAAAGGGGCAGGCCCUCUAAUUUAAAAGUUUUUAAAUAAAGUAGACACCACUGAACAAGGAAUGUACUGAAUGACUUCCUUAGGGAUAGAGCUAAGGGAUAAUAACUUGCACUAAAAUACAUUUAAAUACUUGAUUCCAUGAGUCAGUUUAUUGUAGUUUUUGAUUUCUGUAAAAUAAGAGAAACUUUUUGUAUUUAUUAUUGAAUAAGUGAAUGAAGCUAUUUUUAAAUAAAAGUUAGAAGAAAGCCAAGCUGCUGCUGUUACCUGCAAAACUAACAAACCCUGUUACUUUGUACAAAUAUGUAAAUAUUUUGAGAAAAAAUACAGUAUAAAAAUAGUUAUUGACCAAAUGCUACCAGGCUCUGCAGCAGCUCGGGUGCUUAUAAAAUGUUCAUAGGGAUGUUACAAUAUAAUUUUGUUAUUAAAUAUGCCAUUAUAAUUAUGUAAUAACCAAAAUUUCAACCUAGAGUGUUUGGGGUUUUUUGGAAACUACGGUCUGUUAGUACUUAAUUGUUUUAUACACCUUACUUCUCAUAGAACAGAGUGUAUGCUAUGACUACAACUUUUAUAGCCGUUUUGGUAAUUUAAACUGAUUUUUUCAUAUUAUAUUGUUGCAUCCCUACUUCUUCAGUCAGGUUUUUUUGUGCUUACAAUUUGUGAUAACUGUGAAUAACUGCUUAAAAAUACCCCCAAAUGGAGGCUGAAUUUUUCUUCAGCAGAAGUAGUUUUGAUUAGAACUUUGUUUCAAGCCACAAAGAAUCAUGUAACCAUACUAGGAUCAUGUAGCAGGAACUCUAAUCUAACUCUCUAGUCUUCUAUUUAACACAAAAAUUUGAAAAAGGAAAAAAAAAAAAGGAGAGAUGUGACCAUGCUUGCAGCUGCAGGACCCCGGCAGUAGGGUUUUGGAAGAUGUAAUUUUCAACUGUGUUUGUAUGAACUGUUUGUUUACAUUUCUUUAAUUAAAAAAAAACACACUGUUUUGUGUUUGCUUGUAGAAACUUAAUCAGCAUUUUGAACCAGGUUAGCUUUUUAUUUUGUACUUAAGAUUCUGGUACUGACACUUCACAGGCUAAGUAUAAAAUGAGGUUUCUGUGUGCACAAUUCAAGUGGACUGUGAAGCUGUUGGUGUGCUCAGUGACGCAGUUCUCAACUUGUCAUGUAUAUGGCAUGGUGUAUUUUUAUCUUACAGAAUAAAUCAAUUGUAUAUAUUUUUCUCUUGAUAAAUAGCUGUAUGAAAUUUGUUUCUUGAAUAUUUUUCUUCUCUUGUACAAUAUUCUGACAUCCUACCAGUAUUUGUCCUACCGGGUUUUCGUUUUGUUUUCUGUUCUGUAUAAUAGUAUCUAAUGUUGGCAAAAAUUGAAUUUUUUGAAGUAUACAGAGUGUUAUGGGUUUUGGAAUUUGUGGACACAGAUUUAGAAGAUCA